CUCUGAUAUGGUAUGAAGAGCCACACAGAGCCUGCAGUUGCUCCUGAUGACUCUCAGCUAUCCCCAGAUGAUGAUUCCUCUCAAACCCUCUACAACUCAGCUGGUUUGAAAGUGAAAAGCUUUAUCCGAAGAUGUAUAGAAAAGUAUAGAACCUCAGGCGCCAGUCACGAAAGUAAUGGACGUUCUUUGUUGUCACUGGAAUUAGAGUGCGGCAGAGAAGUCGAGAAUGGAGCACGAAGGCGGAGUUUCGUAGUUCAACUGAGAAAGCAUAUUUUUGCUGACACUUUGAAGAGAUUCCUACCUCACCUCAAAUUCCUCAAAUACCACAUCAACCCUUAUGGGAACGUAUACUUGUUCUGGAUGGGAGUGGUGUCCGUGGCUUUUGUUUACAAUGCCAUCGCAUUACCCAUGCGAGCAGGCUUCCCUGUACAAACUGGGCCCUAUCUCCCCGCAUGGCUCUUCUUUGACUACCUUACUGACACUGUUUACAUAAUGGAUAUCGUGCUGGUACAGUUCCACCUGAGCUGGAGGGUGCAAGGAGUACUUGAGGUAUUAAAGAGUUGCAAUACCGCUAGCUAUAAUUAUAGCGUGAUGUUUUACUUGCUUGAUUUACAGCCUGAUCUCAAAGUAUUAGCUAAAAGGUAUAUUUCUCGCUGGAAGUUUUGGUUUGACUUUCUAGCGUGUCUUCCACUGUACGUUAUUCCUGUGCUGAGAUAUAGGUCUCUGCUCAGACUGCCGAGGCUACUCAAGGCAGAAAGUCCGUUGUUGUUUCGGCACAGGGUUGAGAUCAAGAUUCGAUACCCUCAUCAUUUUCGCAUGAUAAGGCUUUUUUUUCAGUUCUUUUAUGCCAUACACGUCUACACCUGUGUCUAUCACCACAUUUCAUUGUGGCAGGGAAUAGGCUCCACCAAGUGGGUCUACGACGGAAACGGAACAGCAUAUCUUCGUUGUUUCUACUGGGCAACUGUUACCGUAGUGACCAGUCACAAUCUAGACAGGGGCCCCCCCUCCAAUGCGGUGGAGUACAUUGGUGAGAUGGUGGCUUACCUCAUUGGAGUAUUUAUACUGGCACUCAUCAUUGGAGAGAUCAGGAAUAUUACCGAAGCAGCUAGUGCUCACAAAACUGAGGCGUAUCAAAAAUGGGACAGAGUGAAAGAGUAUCUCCACCAUUAUCACAUCCCUCAGAAACUUCAAGACAAAAUACGAUCCUGGUAUGAAAACGUACUACUAACGGAGGAGUACCUAUUAGAUGAGAGCAAAUUGGUGAACACCCUCCCCGUCAAGAUGAAAGCAGAUCUAGCCAUACAUACUCAUUUGGAAACUCUAUCAAAAGUUGCCCUAUUAAGAGAUUGUGAGAAGGCAUUCUUGUUGGAGCUGGUUCUCAAACUGAGGCCACUUCUGUUCUUACCAGGAGACUUCAUUUGCAGGAAGGGGGAAAUUGGUAGAGAGAUGUACAUUGUGAACCAAGGUCAGGUGCAGGUGAUGGGUGGGACGGACAACCAGGUGCUGGCUGAGUUGGGAGCUGGUGCUGUCUUUGGGGAGAUCAACUUGCUGGGAUUGGGAGGAGGCAACCGAAGGACUGUGCACAUUCGCUCCAAGGGUUUCUCCAAACUGUUUUCCCUGAGCAGGGCAGACCUUCAACGCUCACUAGUCGACUACCCAGAGGCACAGGAGAUCCUCUCCAAGAGGUCUCACACAGACGACAAUGUCCAGACAGAAGAGGUGGAGAGGGAGGUCAAUGAAACACAGCUCUCUCUAAGGAAGUGCAGGAGGUACAGACGUGUCACUCCAGCGGUCCGUCACAGCUCGUUUGUUGUCAUGCCAACAUCAUACCCCCAUUCCUCUCCUCCAUGGCUGUAAUACUACAUGGGACAUUCAGUUUAAUUAAGUCAUAAGACAGUCUUGUAGAAUAGAGAUUUAUUGUUGAUGACUGCAACCCCAAUUCACUUUCAUUGUAGUUAUACCACAUAAUGUAUUUUCAACAUCAUAACAUCAUCAUAAUUAUCA